GGAAGCCUGACGACUACAACUAACAGGACAAGCCCAACUCUAGGAAACAACUCGACUACGUUCGGGAGGCAAGGUUGCCUCCUGACCACGAAAAACAAAGCACAUGAUUAUAAUGAAAUUAAUUAAGUAUUAGCCUAAAAAAAUUGAAAAAUGGAUUAAUAUAAUUUUUUAAAGCAACAUUCAUAUAAAAAAACUUUACAAAAUAGUACACCGUUUAGCAGUUUGAAGAGCACGCGCGCAAAAAAUGAUAAAAGUGAGUUAGGAAAGAGGGGAAAAGAAUACAACCUAAGGCCAUUCACACUACAUCUAUAUGGUAUUUGGCCUCGACUCUCCAGCUAGGCAGAUUGCAUGCGUGGAGGAGAUAAGGCAGUGGGGCCGAUGUCUUCACCAGGUUCGCACAGCCUUGUUGGCUCCGAGAACCUCAUCAGAAAAAACAGUUUUUUCACAAAGAAUAGCAUCCACACCCAUGACAAGAAAGCAGGAGAGAGAGAAGGGGGAGAAGCUCGCCAAAGAAGCCGCAUCUGCGCCGAGUCCGAGCUCCCGCGCCGACGGGGAGAGAGGAGGGCGUCGCCAACGGGGAGAGAGGAGGGUGCCACCGCGGCCCCCGCCUUCACAACGGGCUACGCUCGCUGCCGGCCGCCGCGCCCCUCGAUCUGCACCCGCCGGAACUCGCCAGCCACGCCGCCCCCCGAUCCGGAAGAGGAGGAGGUGAGGCACUCGAGCCGUCCCGCUGCCCAGCGCUGUCAAGUUCCCGCCGUCCCCUACUACUGCGCCACCGAGCUCCCGUGUCCCCCGCUACUGCGCCGCCGACUUCGCCGCUGUUGCACCGGCGAGCACCAGGCCCCGCCGCUGCUCCGCCCGGCUGCCCCGGCGCUGUCUCCGCUCGGGCUGCCGCUCCACCCGGCAGCUGCUUUGCCCGACCGCCCCGCCGUCGUCUCCACUCGGGCUGCUGCUCCACUCGGCCACCCCGUCAUGGUGGAAGGAGAAGAGGAGAGCGGCGUCCGAGCGUGAGAGGAGAGAGAGGGGGAGAAGGAAGCGUGGGUCUCGAGGAAAGAGAGAGAGGUGGAAAAGUGGAGAAAAAAAGGAAAAAAAAUUUUUUUGGACCCCACGUGAGGUUGAUGCAUGGUGAGCCUUGUGUCUAUCACCGUUCCUAGCCCAUCUGGCAUCUAAGCUCCGGCAAAUACUUGUGACGCA